AACAUACGUUCUUAAUUCUUUUCAUUUACGCAAUUGCUCCUACAACCAACAUAGAUAUCCUAAAUCAACCCCCGCCCAGUCAUUUUAUACUGCGCUCCAUAAUCUUCAUAAUGCCGCUCAACACAAGACCCUUAAUAAGAGCCUCUAGGCUCAGCUCACUCGCCUGUCAACCCCAGGCCCCUCGGGCUUUCUACUCGAGCGGCGCACGACUUCCCGGAGGCACCCUCGGUGAAGCCUCUCCCGGACAAGCAGCGCCGCUCGGUCCCUAUUACGAAGCCAUCCUCAACAAACCGCAACCUAUUCCCGCAGCCAAGCCCGAAGAGCCUCCUACCUCGUCGCCUAAGUCGCCGCGGACCACCGUUAGGAAGAUACCCGCGCGGAAACCUAAAGAGAGCACUGACGAAAAGGCCGCCGUCUCGCCUUCCGGGCCUCAAACAUCUGCGCAGCCGGCCACAGCUCAGGAAAAGGCACGUAUAAUCUUUGGCUCGCGACUCGUCGGCCCAGCCGAGCGAGCCGAGCGCCUCGCCGCUAUCCGGAACCGCAGUACGCUAAUAGCCGGCGUGUUAGUCCCCCCGCGGCCAGAAGAACCCGACAACUGCUGCAUGAGCGGGUGCGUUAACUGUGUCUGGGACCGCUUUCGGGACGAUAUGGAGGAGUGGGUUGCUGCGUCGGCAAGGGCUGAAGCGGCGUUGCAGGCUCGGCAAUCGCAAACGGACCUUACUCCAGACAAUGUUGUGGAGGCUGUACGGGGCGCGGAGGAACGUAUGCCAGGCCGGGCUAGCCCGACCAGCGCAGUAUCUAUGGAUGAUGACGGUGGCGGCAGCGAGACGAACUGGAAAACGGAUCUGAAGAUGGCAGAUCAGCCCAAGAUCGCAAAGGACCUCUGGGAUGACGACUUAUACAAGAACGUCCCGGUGGGUAUUCGGGAAUUCAUGAAGCAAGAAAAGAAGUUAAAGGAAAAACACAUCAAGGAAGGGACUUUCGGCGCUUAGAGAAAAGAUGGCUACAUCAUAUAUACCCUCAUGUCGAAAAAUAGAAAAUCCGCCAAACUCCCAGGUCGUACUCAAGUCUGACUUCAUGAAAUUCCUUCCGAUAUUUCGUUAUUCUUCAGUGCUCGGUUUAUUCGGGUUGGGCUAUUAUUUCCUCGAUGUGUAUCGAGCGUGCCCUCAUGUUGUCUAUCAACAGGCCGUAUCUAUCCUACCUACCACCUACCCGGAAAGGAAA